UACUCUAACAGACUCAAUCAAUCCCGAUUAACUGAUCAUCCACGUUCUAGUUUAAUGAUACUGUUGUUACUAACAAGUCAAUACCGUUCAUUCCAUGACAUACAUUUGCAGUUAGUGCUCUAUUCAAAAUGAAUAUACGUUUUCUGUAUAUAAUAUUCAUAUGUUUCUGUACGGUGUAUUCUAAUGAAGAAAAGAAGAAAUGUGAAGAAGUCACAGUGCACGAUAAACCACAUAGAAAACAUGUUUUAAGUAUGGGUCUAAAUCGGCCAUACCAACUGGCUUUUGACAAGCAUCACAAUAAAUUAUUCUUUAGCCACAACGUCGGGAGUGACGAAGAAGAUGCUUUUGAAAUUGCAUACAUUGAAAAAGACCAAAUGAUUCCCAAAGUCGUAAGUUCAGUGAAAAACGGAUUCGCAAUUGCAAUUGAUAAUAAAGAUGGAGUCAUCUAUUAUGGCGGCAGUGACGGAAUCUACAAAGAGCAUUUGAAAGAAAAGAAUGCAAUUAUACACGAGGUGUUGAAGGAACACAAUGUAUGGGACAUGUUUUUUAAACAUUCGUUAUAUUUCAUAACUUAUCCAUUACAACACCUGUAUAAACUGAAUGAAAAGAAAGUGGAGCAUCAAAAAUAUAUCCACGAGAAAAUCUAUCAAUUCGUCAUUGAUGGAAACGAUGAUAUAUUUAUAACAAAUGAAACCGGAUUAUUUUUAAUCAAAAAUGGUACAGAGGAUCGUAUAUUUUACAAGGGUCCUAAAGUUUUUCGUGCGAUAGAGGUAAAUAAUAAAGGUGUAGCUUAUUUUUGUAGUAAAAAUGGAAUUUAUGUACCCAAUAAAAAAGAUCACACAUUGGACAUGAUAGCGCGGGUCAAACAUAUCUUCGGCUUGGCAUUUGACACUGAUGAUAAUAUUAUAUAUUCCGAUCCACACGAAAUUGUUAAAUUAUUGCCAGAAAAAUGCAAAUAAAUUAUCCAUAUUGCUUAUAUUAUUUAUCAAGUUAUAUGUAGGAUGUUUAUUAUACCAAAAAUCCUAUUGCAUGUAAAAUAUAAUACUAUUCCCUUAAUAUGGAUAUAUUAAGAAAAUGUUUAGAUUGUACUUAUAUAAAAGAUUAAACAACGUUUAUAAUAUUGUUUUUCUGUAAUCUAUUAUAUUAUGGAAUACUAUAUAAAGCAUA